CAGGUCCGUGUGAGCGGCUCGCGGGAACCAGGCAGAGGAGCCUGCAGCAGCCGCGCCCUGAGAGAGGAACCGAGUGAGAAACAGAGAGGAGAGGAGGAGCGCGUGACGGGGAGAAACCAGGAUUCUCAGGAAAGGAGGCUGAUGGUUGGACAGAUUAGGUUGUGAAUCCGGGUGAAACUGGUAGAUCGGUUGUGAGUGUGGUGGUUCAGGCAGAGGUCCUGGUUUGUGCACAAGCUGAACAUUUUUUGUCAAAAUUUAUUACAUCAAUGUUUGAGGGAGACUUUCAGAAUCUGGCAACCAGGGAGAUGUCUGAUGGUGUUUGCACCAUUGUAGCAUAUUGUUCAGACUCUACCUUAGUUUACUGUUGUUCUGGGUGUCUGCAUGUUGUCUGCAUGGGUUGUCUGGAGGUUUUUUCCCUAUCCCAUAUAAGAUGACUGGAUGAGGUAAAUAGGUGUGUGAGUGUAUGUGUGCAUUGUGACUUUUAAUAGAAGCGUGAACAUGCUGUGAACCUGGCCAGGAAAUAUCAAACACUGAGGGUGAACAAAGAAAAUGGCUAAGCAUUAUGCAGCCUACAUCAUGGAGCAUGCAAAGUUUCUACAUCUGUUCUCUCUUAUGUAACGUUUCCAGAAAUUUGAUAAAGCAUGUAUUGUUGCCUCUAGAAUAGCUGAUGCACAGCUUUUUUUGCGUGGCAGGUUGCUAUAGAAUAGCCCAGUGAACUGCCUGGAUUUGUCUUUGUUUGGCCGAGCGUACAGGAAAGGUCAGUCAGAGGAUAUGAGUUAUGUAAACCAUUGGCUCUGAGCGCAUGGUGAGCGCAAAGGGAUUUUUCCAAAUCAGUCAGCAUUGUAUCUGGGGGAUAUAUAAGACGUGCUCGGACACAGCUCUUUUUUCAUCUUGGAGCUCACAAAUUUGAAUGGACACAUAAUGCAUCAUAAGGAUCUCCAAAGAAAUUGAGGGUAACAGCCAUAAUGGAUUCAGACGAAAUAGAUGGAGGCAGUCUGAGCCAUGGCAAAAAGAAGGAGGGAAGUGGAAAACAUGUAGAGUCUUCAGAACGGGAAAGAAGAUUGCCCAUAAUCCAGACUAAUUGUCCUGCUCCAAGCCCCACUGACAAUUCUACUAUACUUUCGAUAGGCCCACACCGGUGGCCUACGGUUUCCAUUCAGGACAACAGCUAUUCGGAUGAAUGGAGUAAAGAAGGCCAGCCGGAUUUGCUACCAGAAGCAGGAUUUCCUAAACAGACAAUGGAAGAAAUAAAACACCUAUUGAGUGAACGCUCCAAACUAAAUACAAGAGAAAGUCUUGGUCAUCAUUGCCACGUGCCUGGACAAAGAAUUGACUGUAAACCAGAUGACGUACCAUCUAGGUCCUUCACAACCUUCAAGCCCACUCUAGAGAGUGAUAGAAGAACAAGAGAUAGCGCUUCAUCUAGUGGUUCAUCAAAGACUGGUGGGCAUACAAACAGGCCCAGCAGUGAAAGAACAAACUCUGGGAUAUCACACACAGACCCACACACAGAAUUCCAUGGAUCUCAGAACUUCAUUUUAGAGGUUGAAGACAUAAAGCAGCAGAUCAACUGUGAGAAUAUAGGCUUUGUUCGCUUUGAAGCCACUGAUCUCCACGGUGUCUCUAGAUCCAAGACAGUCCCUGCUUCCUUAUUUCAUGAAAAAGCACUGUAUGGUGUCCCCAUGCCUAGAAGCUACCUGGAGCUGACUCUGAGCCCCAAAGAAAAUGAAGUCGACCAUCCGAUUUCUGCUGGUUUCAACGCUGAUAUUCUUCUGAUCCCUGAUCUCUCCACCUUCCGGGUCCUUCCUUGGGCUGAGCAGACCGCCCGUAUCAUUUGCGAUCCUUGUACCAUCAUGGGGAUCCCUCUGCGCACAUCUCCUCGCCUUAUCGCUAAGACGAUGCUCGGUCAACUUCAAGCCGCGGGAAUCUCCAUUCUUUCUUCUUUUACAUAUGAAUGCUGCAUCUUCGGAGUGUCGGAGCAAAUGGGCCCCAGCGUCAUACUUUUCCCCGCCACUACUUUGCUGAGUAAUAAUGACAUGCCCUUCUUACAGCAACUGGUCAAAGGGAUGUACCAAAUGGGCAUCAGGGUGGAUAGUUUUGCGUCUGCUAGCGGUCCAGGACAAAUGGAGAUCUGCUUCAAGCCUAAAUUUGGAAUUGAAGCUGCCGACAGUGCCUUCACCUUUCGUACUGGUGUCAAAGAAAUGGCCAGGAAGUAUAACUACAUUGCCACGUUCCUGACCGAUAAUACCAUGUAUAAUUCUGGCUCCCUGUCCCACAGCCUAUGGGAUGCCAGUGGCAGGAGAAAUCUUUUUCAUUCGAGCACUGGUGAGAUGUCUGAGAUUGGCAAGAAAUGGCUUGGAGGGCUUCUCCACCACUCACCAGCUCUUAGCUGCCUAAUGGUACCAGGGCUAGACUCCCGCACUCAGCUUUCCAAAGGCAGCGUUUCGAAGAGCACAGUCCACGCCACUUGUGGCUGCAAUGACAACAGUUGCACUUUCAACGUAAAGGUUCACGGUGGCCGUGAGACCCACAUUGAGAACAAGCUUGGCUCAGCAAUGGCGAACCCAUACAUUGUCCUGGCAGCUACCAUUGCAGCGGGAUUGGAUGGGAUCAAGCAUAACCUCUGUGCAGAAGAGGCUCUUACCAAAGCUCCAGUGCAGCAGAAACAGUUUGUCAUACCUGUUAAACUGGAGGAUGCCUUAGUGGCCUUGGAAGAAGACAGUGUGAUUCGUGGGGCGCUGGGUGAAGCUUUUGUGCGUUAUUUCAUUGCCAUGAAACACCUAGAGAUCGAGACACAGAAGACUGAUACAGACAGGAACAAAAACCUGGAAUACUUCAUCUGAUCAAGUCAGGUUAAAUAUAAUGAGGGAAAUGUAUUACUUUUGAAGAACUGAUGGAACAGUUUCUUCAUGAUGGAUUCGUAUUAACUCCUACAGUAAAUGGUUCUUGCUCUGACUACCAAGAUACUGGAAAUAUAUGUUUUAUUUGAACUCCUCUCCCUCCCAUUACGAGAAGGCAAAUACGAGGUGGUAUCAAAAAGUUUAGAGAAUAUUUUGACCAUGGCACUGAGCUCCUCCUCACAUGUGAAUUUCUCACCGGAAACGAUAUGACCUCACUUCCACACCCACCCUGCUCAUUUGGCUGUUGUGGACUUUGCCAUCUUCCCGAAGAUGAAGUUGCCAUUUUGACACCAUUGCAGAGAUACAGCAGGAAUUGCAAUUGUUUGACACACUUCGAAAAGACUUGUAGGACACAUUUCAGCAUGAGAGCACUGUAUUGCCGUGCAAAGGAACCGAGAUAGUGUGUAAACGUAGAUUAAUAAAAUACUCAAUAAAAUGUCAUCUUUUGCGCGA